GGUGGCGGUAAUACACCUAAGGAGUGAACGGCCAUUGAACAAAAAGAAGAAGAAGAAGACCAGUUUGAAGUCGCGCGGCUUAGAGGCUUUGCCUUACAAUUUUAAUAAAGUAAUAUUAGUAACCAAAAGCAGCGACAGAAAGAAACGAGAAGUGACGAUAAGUGAAACGGAAAGUUGUUUAAAUACUUGAUAUACAAAGAUGAGUCUCAGUAAUCGCGAUGAACCCUCUUCAGAUACAGAUCCAGCUGAAAUAAACAACAGUGUGCCUGAUACAGCAGCAGCUUCUGAGGGGGUGACACCCACUCGCUUAUUAAAAAUGAAAGAAAUAAUGGAAAAUCAGUGUUUUGAAAUGAAUGUUAAAGUCAGCAUGGGAAAACAUAAAGAGUCAUAUGAAGCUGAUGCAGACCUAUCCAAGUAUGAAAGUGAAAUAGAGAAGGCAAGACUCUCAUACUUCAACAAAACACUGGUAUUGAACAGAAUGCAGAUUUGGAACGUCAUCACUGAAAAGAUUAUUCAGAAUGAUGCAGAUGCUGAGGCACUUAAAGAACUGACCCGUCAGAACACUGAGAUCUGUGAAAAGACCAUGAAAAUUUUAAAGGAAACACGAGAGCUUCAGGACCAGAUCACAGAUAUCCAAAAGGAAAGACUAGACCUGAAAGGACAAAUUAAGAAGAAAAUGCAGGAGAUAAAUGAGUUGAAACAGGUGAAGGAGAACCAAGGAGAAGUUCAACAGAGAGCCAAGGAAAGAGCAGAAGCAGUGCUACAGAAAUACCAGAAGGUCACCACCAUUUUACAGAAUGUGUUGCGGGGAAUUAUACUGGCCAGUAAAGUCAACUGGAGGGAUGAUCCUAAAUUAAGGGACAUUGCAAUGGGACUAGAAAACAUUCCCAACUAAAGACCUGUUUGAACACAGUUCUCCAGUUGAUGUAUAGACUUUACCUGUAAAUGUGCUCACUGUUACCAUGUUCAGUGUAAUGUAUAUUUAAGCUUUUUAUAACAGCUCAUUUGAGAAUGUUUUAGUAGCAUUCUAAAUGUGAGAUAGAUUAACUGAUUUCACAAAUUCAUUUAAUUUUUAAAAUAAAGUUCAGACUGAUCCUGUAAUAAAGGUUUAUGUUUAUGUAUAACCACAUUCAUUACCAGUUUUACUUCUGUAAUGCCAUGCAUUUGAGCAAAACAGGUUAUUCAACAAGUAAAAAGGCCAAUUCCAAUACCUGAAUGGUUAGUUGGCUUUUGAUGAACAUUAUCCAUUAGCCUGAUGUCUAAGUAAAGUCAAUGAUACAGAAAAGACAUGUACUGAUGUAAUGUUCACAAUAACACCAAGAAUGUGCAAGAAAAUUUUGGAUUUUGAUGACAUGGUAACUAGACAAAUGGACAAAACAGCCUUUAACAAAAAGUAUUUUAUUUUCCAGACACUUUAUGCGAAAAGUUUUAAUACAGAUAUAAAAAAUACACACUGAUUUAAUAAAGUUUUAGCAGUGGGAAAGGUAAAUUGUAUCAUAUUUUCACCACCUGUCC